GCGACAGCAGCGGCUCCGGGGCUUUGUUUAGUGGACGUGAAGGAGCUCCAGCACCUCCUCCAGAAAUGUGGUCGGAUAUAAGGACGUUGCUACUUUUUCAUUUCUUCGUCCUCAGGCUCCUUAUUUUGGAAGCUACUGAUGAAUGCGAGGAUGGACAGUUCCAGUGCCACAACAAAAGGUGUAUACCAGUUAUCUGGAGGUGCGACGACGACGACGACUGCUCUGACAACAGCGACGAGGAGAACUGCCCCAAGAAAACGUGCGCCCCUGCAGAGUUUGCCUGUCUGAACGGACAGUGUGUGCCCGGACGCUGGCGCUGCGACGGGGAGCCGGAGUGCCCAGAUGGCUCUGACGAAGCAGAAGAGACCUGCAGCAAACAGACAUGUCCCCCGGAGAAGUUUGAUUGCGGGGGAUCCACCAACAAGUGUGUCUCGUUGUCAUGGAGAUGUGAUGGGGAGAAAGACUGCGAGAACGGGGCGGACGAGGAAGACUGUGCGUCUGACGCCAAGGCCUGCCCCAGCGGAGAGUUCAUGUGCGGCAACCGCAAAUGCCUGGCCCCCGUGUACGUGUGCGACGGCGACGACGACUGCGGAGACGCCAGCGACGAGCUGAAGUGCUCGUCCCCGCUGACCUGCGGGCCCAACCACUUCCGCUGCAACACCUCCGAGUGCGUGCCGCUCAUGUGGAGCUGCGACGGAGACCCCGACUGCUCCGACAGCUCGGACGAAGGGCCGGAGCGCUGCGGCGGCGACGGCGCCCUCUACCUGCCCAACCACAGAGCCAACUGCACGCUGGGAGAGUUCCGCUGCGCCAACGGGGAGUGCAUCCGUCUGACCUGGAAGUGUGACGGAGAUCCGGACUGCAAGGACAAAUCUGACGAGUCGGACUGUCCUCUGCUCACAUGUCGUCCUGAUGAGUUCCAGUGUGGGGACGGCUCCUGCAUCCACGGCACCAAGCAGUGCAACAAAAUCCACGACUGCCCUGACCACAGCGACGAGUCUGGCUGCGUCAACGCCACCAAAUGUGAAGGACCCCUGAAGUUCCAGUGUAAGAACGGGGAGUGCAUCGACAGCUCCAGAGUCUGUGACUCCAUCAAGGACUGCAAGGACCGAUCAGAUGAACCCAAGAAGGAGUGUGGCCUGAACGAGUGCAUGAUCAAUAACGGCGGCUGCUCCCACAUCUGCAUGGACCGGCCGAUCGGCUUCGAGUGCCAGUGCCCCCCCGGCUACCAGCUGCUGGACAAGAAGACGUGUGGAGACAUCGACGAGUGUGAGAACCCCAGCGCCUGCAGCCAGAUCUGCAUCAACUACAAGGGGGAUUUCAAGUGUGAAUGCUACGAGGGCUAUGAGAUGGACCCCGUCAUGAAGACCUGCAAGGCCGAGGGUAAAAGUCCGUAUCUGCUGUUCACCAACCGCCAUGAGAUCCGGCGCAUCGACCUGGUGAAGCGGGACUACAGCCAGGUGGUGUCUACGCAGAAGAACGCCGUGGCUCUGGACCUGGACGUCGCCAACAACCGCGUCUUCUGGUGUGAUCGAUUCCACAGGAAGAUCUACAGUGCCUUCAUCCACGAGGCCGGCGACCCCAGCCAGCAGGUGCCGCUGGUGGACUCGUCCCUGCACACGCCGGUGGGCCUGGCUCUGGACUGGCUCCAGCACAACCUGUACUGGACCGACUCGGGGGACAAGUCCAUCUCCGUGGCCUCGGUGGACGGCACCAAGAGACGCGUGCUCAUCAGCAGCGACCUGAGCGAGCCCCGCGCCAUCGCCCUGGACCCCCACCACGGCUUCAUGUACUGGUCGGACUGGGGCACGCGAGCCAAGAUCGAGAAGGCCGGCAUGAACGGAGUGGACCGGCAGGUGCUGGUGGCCGAUAACAUCGAGUGGCCCAACGGCAUCACUCUGGACGUGGCCAACAGGCGUCUGUACUGGGUGGACUCCAAGCUCCAUCUCAUAGCGAGCGUGGACCUGAACGGAGCUCACCGCCGCACGCACAUGUCGUCGGCGGCGACGCUGGGACACCCCUACGCUCUGGUGGUGUUUGAGGACCGGAUCUACUGGACCGACAGGGACAGAGCGGCCGUGUUCAUGGCCAACCGGCUCACCGGCCAGGACGUCCACGCGCUGGCCGAGAACCUCAACGACCCGCACGACAUCGUGCUCUUCCACCAGCUCCGGCAGCGGCCAGGCCCUGACAGCUGUAAUCUGGGCAGCGUGGCUAAUGGGGGGUGUGAGUACUUGUGUCUGAAGGCUCCUCAGAUCACCGAACACUCGCCCAAGUACACCUGCGCCUGCCCCGACGGCCAGGACCUGGGCCCCGACAUGAGGGGCUGCGUGCCAGCCCCGACGGCAGACCCCCAGCAGACGUCAUGGCUUCCAUCGGGGUCCCCCCCCCCCACCGGGCCCACGGGGGCUGAAGGGUCACCCCCCUCCUCCGAGGGAGUGUCCCUCACCCACCUGACCACGGCCCCCUCCCCCGAGGCCGCAGCGCCCCCCGGCACCCCGAGGCCCCUGCCCUCCCAGGACCCGGAGGCGCUGGGCUCCCAGUCCAGCGCCACGGCAACCGUCCUGUCCAGCACGCCUGCAGGGGACAGCAGCAUCUCGCAGCACUCGGGAGGAGAGAACUUCCUGAUGGGCGAGAACCUGACCGUGGCCGUUCUGGGAGUGGUCAUCCCCAUCGUUCCUAUCGUUGCCACAGUGGUGUUCGGCCUGGUCUGCGCCGGCGUCUACGUGGCGUGGCGCAACUGGCGGCGCAACUCCACCAAGAGCAUGAACUUCGACAACCCCGUCUACCGCAAGACCACGGGCGAGGGCGAGGAGGACGAGAUCCACAUCGGCCGGAGCGACGGCGUGGGCCACCACCACCACCCGUACCCCCAGGGCGUGGGCGUGGGCGUGGGCGUGGUCGGGGCCGGGGGCGGCUCCUGCCCGCAGUUCAUCGCCCUGCCGCUGGGGGCCAGCAUGGCCGACCCCGGGACGCACUGGUACACGGAGCAGCCCAUGCUCUCCACCGCCAAGUGACCCGCGGCCGGGCCCGCGUCCGGGGAAGACGGCCGCUCAGGCGCACGCACACACGCAGGGACGUCCCUGGGGACUAGGUGAAGGACAACCAUCGGUCAGUCAUGCAGCCAAUCACAGCCAUCGUCUGCCAUCUUUCACCUCGGAACCACCGUUAUUCAUAAACUGGGACAAAAAAAAAACCAUCAUUUAGAAACCAAAUUCGUACCUGUUCUCCGGUAAACCCUGAGACCCAACAUGAUUAAAGUGUGCCAACCUGCUCCUGAUUGGGGCAGAAGCUGGAAUAUGGACUGGGAUCACAUCUCCAUUGGACUGUUCCACUGAGAUUCACGUGAGGUCUGUGCUGUGUGUCGUGUCUUGUGAUGGGGCCGGCGAGGGAUCCCGGUUUUGUCCUUGAUGUAUUAAUUUGGGCUUUGAGUUAUUCCUGGUGAGCCGUGGAGGACUGAACUCUGAAACUGGGACAGCCCGCGCGCUGAUGGGACAAUCUGUACAGGUUGGUGUGAGAAUCAAUCAAAAAAGUGUCAUUCCUUGAGUUUGUCCUGUGUCGUGAACAUCUGUGGUGGAUGGGUUUGUUUCAGGGUUGCAGGGACAAGUCGUCUCAACAUUUCAACACUGAACAGGCUGUGUUUUUAUUUUGCUCGACUGAAAAGAGCCAUACUUUUUUGUCUUGAUUUGUUCCCCUUUUGACCAGAGAGAAAAUGUGGUUGAAGACGAUGGAUUUUACACAGAAGCUUUCUUUUUAUUGUGGCUUGUUUUAGAUGUUAAAUGGUUUGAGAAGAGCAAUAAGCUGCAGCUCUCAGCCAGCUGUGGUGUAACGUGAGUAACAUGUUCAUCUGAUGACCUGCUUUCAACUGUGACAUAUGCACACAUAUGCACACAUAAACACAAAUAAACUGUUCUCCAGAGGACAGACACAAUGCAUUGGCCCUCCCAAAACACAAACAGCAUGCGUAACUGCUGAGGCGUCCGCUCAUCGCUCGUGUUUGGUGCAGCUGACUCCUGGGCCGGCUGCAAACCCUCCUGAGACGGCUGCUCUCUGGGUCUGGGAGAAACGGCGAGCCGCGCUGACGUAUCCUGCCCUGCCGGGGGGCGGGUUGGAGGCCGGAGCAGCCGGAGCAGCCCCCCACCCCUGACAACGUCCUCCCAUUCCCCCACACCUCUAUCUUCUGUGUGCAUGUGUGCCAACGUUCAUCCCACAGCCAUAUCUGAACUGUUUUGUAUGCUCUCUGUUGCACAACCCUCUCUCCGAAUGCCUUCUGUAUUGUGCAUGCGUGGAGGACGACGCGGUGCGGGCCGUGCGGCGCUGCGUGGAAGCACAGGCAUGCACGUGCGUGAGUGUUGAGUGUGCGCGUGAACGUGUGUGACACCGGUAAAGCUUUGAGGGUGCUUUUUGAUUCAUUGGGUUGUAAAUAUGUUUUUUCAUAAUGUUUUUUGAUAAUGUAUGAUAUAGCGAUGUAAAAGAGAACCUGUACAUAAGAUUUUAGAUAAAGUCUUGACACGUAUAUUAAUUUAUUUGUAUAAAGAAAGAACACUUUUCCUCGAUUGUAAUUUUCCACCAAAGUGGUUUGUUUGGUUUGUGUUGUUUCUUGCUGUGCAUCCUCUUUUUCUGCAUCCCUUCUUUCAUUAUUGAGGCACAUACAACACGGAGCUCCCUCCUGAGAAAGGCCGACAUCUUUCCAACAUUUCCUAACUUUGAUGUUAAUAAAAGUAUUUGUUUUUGUUUUUUUGUGCCUUUUGGUUUACACCUUCAUUUUAUUCUUGUUUUUUUUUUCUUUCAUGAUAAGAGCCGAGAUCAGUCAGCUACUGUACAUGUGAUGAGGAGCUGUGUUGAGACCAAACUGAGUCCACCUUUUUUGAUUUUCUGUAAUGGAUUACUUUUGAAUAUCUCUAUAUAUUGAUAUAUAAACUCUGAGAAAAA